AUGGCCGAGUCCGUGAGCUCCGGAGCCUGCCUCUGCGAGGCGAUCAAAUACGAAGUACGAGGAGAGCCGGAGAAGCUCAUGGCCUGUUACUGCACGGACUGUCAGAAGAAUGCGGGGGGACCUUUUCAAACCCUGGCGAAAUUCGACAAGAAGCAGGUAUCGUUACGAACCGAAGAGGGCGUCGAGCCGGCAACGUGGGUGGUUCAGAAGACCACAAGUGGCUUCGUCAAGCAUAAAAUUGGAGAAAUUCCGCCCAACAGUGGAGCUUUUCAGCUCACUCAGGCCCUCGUACAUGCCACAGUUACCAGAGCAAGGCGCGAGGGGCUGUGGCCUGCUACGAACCGUCGUCGUGCAACCCAUCGCGCGGACUGGCGUCUCUCACUCGCGCACACAAUUCACCCGCGGCAUGGGCCUUUUUUCGUGGGCGUUGCGCCGCAUCACUGCAUGAAUGAACGAGCAAACCUCUAUAAACGACGCAGCCGCGGAGCCGCCUCCGGGCCCACCAGUCAAGCGGCGCAAGAUAGCAGUGGCCUGCGAUCAGUGCCGGAGCAGAAAGGUCAAAUGCGACGGAGUGCAACCCGUUACAUUGCCAGCCUGGUAAACAAGAUCAAGGAUUUGGAGGGCGAAGGCUCACCGCCGCCAGCACCGUCACUGGUAGCAGAGGCGCUUCAGACUUUAUCUGAUGGCAGUCGUUCAGACCACAGGUCAGAUGCGCCUGCGGAGGAUGACGUGCGCCCGCGAAUAUAUCAAGGCUCCCCAUUACCGCCUAUACAUACUAUAGGAUUGACACCGCCUUUUCCACAACCAGUCCCAUUGCAGAGAGAAUAUGGGGGUUCCAAUGACAGGCUCCCUUCGGUCUUUAUUACUGAACAACCACGCCCGAUAAUCGGCUACGCACAAGAGCCUAUCGCCCAUGGCGAAGCGGGUCCCGCUCUGCCCCUUGAUAAGGGCAAGCAGCCCGCCAUUGUCGAGUCAUUUGACGGUGUAAAUGCGAUGAUGGGUGCUGUUGAACAGGAACAGCCUACUCAGGGCUUUUUUGGAAGCUCCAGUGCUGCUGGCUUCAUGAGACAGAUCAAAACCGCUGUGGACAGGAUAGUCCCGCCGCCAGCGAAGGAUGGUCCCACAUCAUCUAGUUGUAACACAGCUCAGUCGGCAUUUUCAUCGGCCCGCAUCGAUAGAAUGCAAUCAAUGUUGACAAAUUAUGUGCUUCCUCCAAGGAAGAUGGCAGACGGUUUGAUGGAAGUGUACUGGGGCAUUGUGUUUCCGCUAUACCCUCUCCUUAGUCGUCCGCAGAUUACCGCUGAGUAUGCCAAAAUCUGGUCGGGGGAAGGCUUUGAUUGCGAUGAAAACAUGCUUAUGUGUACUAUCAACGUCAUAUUUGCACUCAGCUGCCAGUUAGCAGAGUUCAUCGAGCCCGAGGAGCGCUGUCAGUCUGCAGACGUCUUCUUCUCCAGAGCCAAAAGCCUCCUUCAUUUCAGUUUGUGGCAUUCAGGCUCUGUUGAACUGAUACAAUGUUUACUCUUAAUGAGCCAAUAUCUUCAAAGCACGGAUUCUGCCCAUCAGUGCUGGAUCAUAACCGGUUUGGCCAUUCGAAAUGCGCAGAGCCUAGGAUUGCAUCUUGGAAAAACACUCGGUUACCCGCACACCCUUCAGGAGCAGCAAUUAGCGCGGAAAAUAUGGCAUGGCUGCGUCUUAGUAACCUCUAUGACUUUUGGCCGCCCAUCUAUGAUAUCAAAGACGGCGGCGGGCUCUGUUCCACUCCCCGUCGCAAUCGACGAGGAAGACAUCCCCGGCAUAUCCGACCCUGAGAUUUCACAAAUCCAAGGCCGUCCUUCAAUGAUGGCUUUUUAUGCCAAAUCCCUGGAACUAUACGAAAUAAUGAACGACAUCCUCCUCAGUCUCUAUUCCCCUACCGAGAGACUUCCCAGCUGCGAAGCUCCUGGCGAGGAGAGCGUGGCAAGCAUGCAAGACUUCUACUUCAGUAAUGAAGCAGAAGGCCCAAAGAUGGUUUUUGAACACGACCGCGCACUUACUAAAUGGUGUCGAAACCUCCCUCUUCAUUUACGAGAUCCGUCCUCUAGGGUACAGAGAAAUCCUAUAUAUCACCGCCAGGCUAUCGUUCUGCGAGCUCGAUUUCUCCACGUCCGGAUGCUCCUAUUCCGUCCUACUCUUGGAAAAUACUGUACUGCGCGGGAUGUGACAACUACUGACCCUCUCAUAUCCCAAGAUUACUCUCUAACGCAAAGGGUCGCCCUUCAAUGUUCCAUCAUCUGUGUCAAAGUUGCCCAAGAAGUCAUUGAAAUGAUAUACAACAACAUUCCAACCGACGGAUCAAACGGCCCCCUUCCCGCCUGGUGGUACAACGUCCUGUCAUGGCCUGACGAUCCGCAAGACGUCUACACAGCCGCCACCAUCCUGAUCGCCGGCCGUCUCCGCUCCUCCAUCGUCAACGAAGUAAGCGAAGCAUCUAUCAGCCACGCCUGGCUCUGCGCCCUCGAGAUCCUCCGCAAAUACCAAAGCUACAGCACCUCGGCCCGACGCUGUGUUGCAGCCCUUGAAAUCCUCCACGAUCGUGUCGUGUCUGAAGGGGUGCCGUUAUCGCGUAUGCCGCCAGCUGGCGCCAGUAGCACCAGCGCUGGUAAUCUUAGGGCCGUAGUCGAUGGUACCGGUCCUGAUGUUGUAAACAAUCCAAGCGGCCACACUCUUUCUGAGUCCCUCAAUGCUUUUGGGGAUGUGAAUCUAGCAGAUGGGACAGCUAAUGUUGGACCAGAUAACUUGGACUUUCUGGACUUAUUAGACAUGUCCUGGCUAAACAGUGUCCCAAGUAGUUUACUUUAA